UUUCGGAGGGGAGCCACCUACUGAUGUAUGAACACAAGGACCCACCGCAGAGGCAGCAGUCAGCAGGGCUCGAAGGAGGACCAAGGGCCCAAACCAGGACCAGAAAAAGGUCGGAGGGUUCCGUAUCAGACACGAUGGGGGCUGCGAUGGGACCCGUUCUACACUGGUUGCACGAUGUAGCAGCUGUGACUCUACUUAAAGCCCGGCGGACUUUAUUUCAGGCUGGCAUCCUGUUUUGCGUCUUGGUUCUGCUGCUCUGGGUGUCCAUCUUUCUCUAUGGAAGCUUCUACUACUCCUACAUGCCCACUGUGAGCUUCUCCACCCCUGUGCACUUCUACUACACCUCUGAUUGUGAUGCCUCAGAGCCAGGGCUUUGCUCAUUCCCCACGGCCAACAUCUCUUUCAUGAAGAAUGCGAGAGACCAGGUGAUGGCUUACGGCCAGCCUUAUCGAAUAUCUUUGGAGUUAGAAAUGCCAGAGUCUCCGGUGAAUGAACAGUUGGGUAUGUUCAUGGUCCGGAUGUCUUCUUAUACCAAGGGUGGGAAGACGGUCUCAUCAGUGGGACGAUCAACUAUGCUGCAUUACCGCUCCAACCUCCUGCAGACCCUGAAUACGUUACUGUUCUCUCCUUUCCUUGUGAUUGGAAUGGCUGAGCAGAAGCAGCUCAUAGAAGUUGAGCUCUUCUCAGACUACAAGACAAAUGCUUAUGAGCCCACUUUUGGCGCUGUCAUUGUGAUCCAGUCCAAAAGAGUGCAGAUCUACUCAUCUCAGCUCCGUAUCCAUGCCUACUUCACUGGUAUACGAUAUGUUCUGUACAACUUCCCCCUGACAUCUGCAGUGAUUGGCGUGGCCACCAACUUUACCUUCCUCAGUGUCAUCGUGCUGUUCAGCUACCUGCAAUUCAUAUGGGGCGGGCUCUGGCCUCCAGACCAAGUAAGAGUGAGGGUUAUGAUGGGAGACAACACCCGCAUACAGCAGAGGAAAGAGGAGGCUCGGAAGCGCAUUGAAAGGGAAAACUCACUGAAGGAACUUGACACUCCUAAAGUGAUUGGAUCUGUGAAUGAAGCAUGUGAUUUCCAGGGAAAUGACACAGCGGAGGAGCUGUCAUCAAAGAAGCCUUCAGUUAUCCCAGAUACCAAGGAGGAAGGGUCUCAUGACUCCAAGGAGCCCGAGGAGAAAGACUGCUCAGACGUGUUGGAUGGAUGCCUGCUGCCUCAUCAGGGUGAGACGACACUCCGGCAGAGACCUGGACCCUGGAUGAGCCUGUGAACCAUGCCACUGCACACAGUUAAAGUACCUAUAGUGUCACUUCACAUGCCACAUAAUGUCCCACCACUCUUCCGCAGAUUGAAAGUCAUUUGGCAGAUACUGAUAUAUUUUUUCAGUUGGCACAAAUACAGAUGCAUGACAAUAUAUUACCUGUGUUGUUUGAGCUAACAAACUAACAAAGUUUACCUCAUAGUAACUUUGAUUUCUGCUCAUGUUUUUCUGCUUAUUGUCUGCUCAGUGAACUGAUUUUCCUAGAGACCACAGCACUAUUACCGUCUCAUGUUAGUGCCAUUUUUGUGAUCAGUUGCUGCCCAAACAAAUUUAACACACCCUUUUUAAGUCAGUUGAAUGUGCUUGUGUUUUAUUGUUCUGAUGUCUUUGAGGUGGCAUUUUAUCACAGAAGGGCCAGCCUACAUUAACUGAGGUACACAUCCUGACAAUCCUUCCAUAAAAAUAAAACUAGACAGUGAUUCUCUCAUUUAGAAGUUCACACAUAAAUAGACUUGAUUUUUUUUUUUUUUUUUUUUGGUUUUGAAUGUAGCUGCCGUGUGCUAUAUUCAAACAAAAAAUUUUUAGCUGGAUUUUGAACAUCCAGAACUUUUUCACAUCCUAAGCAAAAACAUGCCUCGUGAUAUUUUUUCUCAGAUGCUCUCUUGUAGCAAUUAGAUGUGGAAAAUCUGCCGCCAAAAGGGUUUUUAUUUCUAAUAACUUCUUAGAAAGAAAUUGCAAAUGGGCCAGCCUGAGGGAUAUAAGGAAUUUGAUGCAUUUAUUAUUCUUUUUCAUCCUGCAAAUGGUCUGUCACGGUGUAAUGGCUGACUUAACUGCCGGGGCACAUUAAAUUAAAGGUUUAGCACUUUUACAAAGUUGGUUUUCAUUCCAUCCGAUCUUUGUAUUCAGUAUCUGUUACAGUGCAGUUUGCACUCUGCAGUUUAAUGUUGUGAAAAUGGUAUUUAUUGUGUUUUCAUCACAAAGAAGCAAGAUAUUUUAGUCUUUUAAGAGAUAUAAGUUUGUUCAUAGGUCUGUUAAUUGAACAUGUCUGUAUUUAACAUUAAAGAACAUACAGUAUGAAAAGGAUAAGUGAAGCUACUGUAGUGAAAUUGGCUCUUGUUGGUAAAGCUAAUGAUGAUAAGGUAAUGUAGGAAUUGUUGGCACAUAGCUCAGCCUCCAUGUAUUUAACCUACACUUCAAGGAACUUUAGGGAUUAAGCAUAAGUAUAUGUAAAGGGUCGUUUAAAUUGUGAUGAUAUAGGAUUUUGUACCAAAGAUGUGAAUUUGAAGCACUCAUCACUUGGUCAUCUUGAAUUCUGUCUAUCAGAAUAUUCUUCUAAAUGCCUCUGAAGUUACAUGAGUAGGUGUUAAUUAUGUACUGGUACUGAAUUAAACAAAUAAAAACAGAGUGUUGCAGAUCUUUUUCUCUUAUUUGAUAAUCUAGCAUAAAUUUGGGGGACAUCUCUGUAAAAUGAUAAGGCUGCUCAAACUACCAUCAGCAACAUUUCUGUCUAUAGAAAAAUCUGAUAGUGUGUUGUUUUAAAGUCGGGUUUGCAGGAAAGUUUGUGCCAUUUUUGUAUACUACUUAAGUUUUUCACACCAAAGUCGGAGAUCUUUUUUUUGUCAAAACUUUUUGUCAAAUACAUAGAAAAAAGUACAUUUACUCCUGUUAAUAUAUCCAUACUUACUAUUUCCCACUUUGGAAAAAUGUGUCAUGAAUACUGGAAUAACAACAUAUUAACCAGACAAAAAUAUAAUAUAUUUGCAAAUUUAGUUCUCUCAUAAUAUUUUAUAUGAAUGAAAAAUAGGUUUUGAGUCAGAUCGGAAAGCAUUUUUAAAAAUAAGCGGUGAUUGUCGAAGACGUACUAAAUUGUACUUUUCUUGUGACUUAGCUAUUCAUGCUCUUUUUAAAUAAAAUAAUCAAAUCUAAUUGUCACAAGUCACAAUCAUAAAAAUAUCUCAACCAAGAAUUUUUUUUUUUGUCAGGAGAUUUGUCCUUAUAUCUGAGAGGUUUGUGGAACAUUGUAGUUAUAUUUUGUCAUGCUUUAAGAACACACUGUUAUCUCACUCAGCACACAGCUGAUCCCAUGUGUCAACAUAUGGUGGUGAUGUGAGGAAAUUUUCAGAUUUGGGGGUGUGACAAGGCACCAUAACAACGUCAGGGAGUCUACCUUUGGCAUACAUAAUGAAUGCAUUUGAAUGAUAGAACAGAAAGAUGCCUUCAACACAUUGAACCCGCAGAAUUAUAGCAACAGACAGCAAAGUAGUUGUUAUUUUUAAUAGGAAGCAGAAUGAAAGCUGAGAAUGCAGUAGUUCAGUGUGUGAUGCAAUUAGAAAUAAUCACAUUUCCAAUAAAAUGGCUGGUAUGCAGCCUAUUUAAAUCUCUAAAAAAAUUAGCUAAAAAAGGAUUCAAAAUGCGCGAGGACCUUUAAUCUUGUUUACAGAACAUUUUCCUGGUAUACUGAGGAGUUUGAAAGCUACAUUAAUGAUCUGUUCCAAUUCAGAACCUUAUGGCGAUGAUAUUAAGGCCCAUUAGAAGCCUUUAUUCCAAGCCACAGCUCCAGUCUGUCUGAUGAAUUAUGAAUUGGUCUGGAUAAGGAGUGCACUAAUUGACUUAAAUCAUCCAUCACUUGUAUUAAAAACCUCACUGUAUUUAGCCUCAGCAGGUACAGACAAUUAUCUCAGACUCUGCCGGAACAAGAAUUUCUCCUCUUCUUUUUCUUGGUCUCUGUAGUAUAAAGAACUCACACAUAACAUUUGAGUUUAUAUGGUGCCAUCUCAUGCUUGUUGUUGAUUUAAUGAUUAAGUUGUGCAUCAGCUGACAUCAGGGUUAUCUGGAACUGAGUGAAUUUGUAGAUGACCCAGCCUCAGCAACAACUAACUGCAUAGUCUAUUUAAUAGAAAAGUAUGAAUGCCAGUCUGUACUACUUUCAUGCAAACACAUCAGUAAUUGCAACUACUGUUUACAGUUUACUAUCUGUAAAAUUCUGUAAAAUUCCUAAGAUAGAUGCCUUGUACCAUAAGAUGAAAUAGUUCAGAACUUUCUGACUAACAGAAAAUCUGAUGUCGGUGAAAAUUAAUAGUAAUUUACAAUGUCACUGUUUGUGCACCUAACUGUUUGAAGGCAUGGACAGAAUUUUACAAAUUCAAAUAGACAAUUACACUUUUUAUACAUAUCAGUAACCAAACAUAUUAAACAUUUUUAUU